CCAAACUCCUCUCAGACGGGAAGCACUUUGGUCACAAUUUCUCCAGCAGCUGUGGAGCGGGACCUCUGUAGCAUCACGCAGUACCAACGAGCCACAAUCGGCCAAAAUGUAAAGGAAAAGACGCCUUACACCACUUUCUGAAAGUAGGUGUGUUGUGGGAAAGUGUUGCGGCAACUUUAAACGAGUGCGUAAAGUUGAACGAGCUGACGUUACGCAGCAGGGACGCGCAAUAAUCGGUGCGUAAAAGUGAGUCAAAGUGGGCAGAAGUUAAAUUUGAUGGAUGAAACGUUUGUGCUGGUGGCGAAGGACGGGUCGUUGAGCCUUUGUGACGUUUUGACGAGCUGACGCAGCGAGGAACCACCGUCUCGGCGUAAACGGUCCAUGUCUGGAGUUUGGCGACGGCGCAGCAGCGGAGUGGAGCGCGCAGCGGGGCAGCAGAUGCUCGGCAGUGACUGAGCCUCGCGGCUGGGAAGCUAAUAAACACAAUUUGUCUGGACUACGGCCUGUGUGUUGCAAGUGGAACAAGCAACUGGCUCUUCCCCGCGUGCGUCGAGGCGCCUCCACGUUCCGGCACGUUGUUGUAAUGACAGACGUCGGCCCCGAGCGUUCAAUUCUUCACAAAGUUGCAGCUGGCUGACGGCCGCGACUCCCCGCGGGAGUUCGUGAAAAGUUUCUGUCGUUUACACCCUCCCGUCUGCCUCUUCGCACCAUGGACGACAGCGUCGGGUGCGCUGCGGCCGACGGCUGCCCGGACGGGGAGAGCGUCAACCUCAGCGUGCUCAACUGGGAGCAAGUGCAGCGGCUGGACACCAUCCUCGCCGGCUCCAUCCCCAUACACGGCCGCUGGAGCUUCCCCACGCUGGAGGUGAAGCCUCGAGACAUCGUCAACGUGGUGCGCAGCCGCAUGGAGGAGAAGCGGAUACACGUCCGCGAGGUGCGACUGAACGGCUCCGCCGCCAGCUACGUGCUGCACGAGGACAGCGGGCUGGGAUGGAAAGACCUGGACCUGAUAUUCUGCGCCGACCUCAAGGGAGAGAUGGAGUUUCAGAUCGUGAAAGAUAUCGUUCUGGACUCGCUUCUGGACUUCUUGCCGGAGGGGGUGAAUAAGGAGAAGAUCACACCGGUCACCUUAAAGGAGGCUUACGUGCAAAAGAUGGUGAAGGUGUGCAACGACUCGGACCGCUGGAGCCUCAUCUCCCUCUCCAACAACCGUGGCAAGAACGUGGAGCUCAAGUUCGUGGACUCCCUCCGUCGGCAGUUCGAGUUCAGCGUGGACUCCUUCCAGAUCCGCCUGGACUCGCUCCUGCUCUUCUACGAGUGCUCGGAGCACCCCAUGGCCGCCACUUUCCACCCCACCAUCCUCGGCGAGAGCGUCUACGGCGACUUCCCCACCGCCCUCGAUCACCUGCGCAAGCGCCUCAUCUGCACCAGGAGCCCCGAGGAGAUCCGAGGCGGGGGUUUGCUGAAGUACUGCCACCUGCUGGUGCGGGGCUUCCGCGCAGCUUCCGACAGCGAGAUGAAACUGCUGCAGCGCUACAUGUGCUCGCGCUUCUUCAUAGACUUCCCCGACGUGAGCGAGCAGAGGCGGAAGCUGGAGUCCUACCUUCAGAACCACUUCGUGGACCUGGAGGACCGGAAGUACGACUACCUGGCCACGCUGUACGAGGUGGUGCAGGAGAGCACCGUGUGCCUGAUGGGCCACGAGAGGCGCCAGACGCUCAGCCUCAUCUCCUCGCUGGCGUUGCGGGUCUUGGCCGAGCAGAACGCCAUCCCCAACGCCGCCAACGUCACCUGCUUCUACCAGCCGGCUCCUUAUGUCUCGGACGGGAACUUCAGCAACUAUUACGUGGCGCAGGUUCAGCCCAUCUACCCGUUUCCUCCCUCCUUUCCCCAGCAUUACGUCCCUCCUCAUCACCACCACCCCAUGUACGGCACCUGGUUACCCUGUAACUAAACCGUCACGUACUUGUGGGUAAACGGUGGAAUCUCCUUAAAAAGGGAUGGACAGGUGUGUCUCUUUCUUGAGCCGGGAAGACGAGACGGGAGCACAAUGCAAAGCUGGACAGAUAAAAGAAGAGAAGGAGGAAGCGAGGGAAAUGAGGGCAAGGAAUCUGGAUGGAUGGCGGCGCGCCAGAGGAAGGCUUUCCUGGGGUUAUGGUGCCACAGCAGGAGGAGCUAAGCCCACUGGGAGAGAUGCCAGGAAUGGAGGCUGACCCAUCACUUUUCAGGCUUCUCUCCUGGAAGAUCGAUU